GGCUCCAGGCUCUGCCGCGCGCCGCCCGCUCGCGGGGCACCCAUGGGCUCGCUGGUGGCCAAGCUCCUUCUGCCCACCCUCAGCAGCCUGGUCUUCCUGCCCACCGCCAGCAUCGCGGCCAAGCGGCGCUUCCACAUGGAAGCCAUGGUCUACUUCUUCACCAUGUUCUUCGUGGCGAUUCACCACGCGUGCGACGGCCCCGGUUUGUCAGUGCUGUGCUUCAUGCGCUACGACAUCCUGGAGUAUUUCAGCAUCUACGGGACGGCCCUGUCCAUCUGGGUGUCGCUGAUGGCACUGGCAGAGUUCGAUGAGCCCAAGAGAUCCACCUUCGUCAUGUUUGGCGUGCUCACCAUAGCGGUGAGGAUCUACCACGACCGCUGGGGCUACGGCGUCUACUCGGGACCCAUCGGGACAGCCGUCCUCGUGAUAACCGUGAAAUGGCUCCAAAAGAUGAAAGAGAAGAAAGGUCUAUAUCCAGACAAGAGUGUCUACACACAGCAGAUUGGUCCUGGCUUCUGUUUUGGGGCAUUAGCACUGAUGCUGAGGUUCUUUUUCGAGGAGUGGGACUACACCUACGUGCACAGCUUCUACCACUGCGCCUUGGCCAUGUCCUUCGUCCUGCUGCUGCCCAAGGAGAACAAGAAGGCCGGGAGCGCUGGGACUCCUGCACGGCUCGACUGCUCCACGCUCUGCUGCUGCGUCUGAGGUCCCCCAGGCAGCCAGGGGCAUCUGCACUGAUCCCAGCCUGCUCAAGGCUUUCUUACGUGGAAAGACCUCGUCUUUCCACCACCAGCCCAAGCAGAGGCUGUGCUUCAAAUUUGCUGCUUCUCCUUGGAGAAGCACGGGUUUGUCACGGAGAGCUCGUGGCUGGAGAGCGAUGCUCUCCCUGGCUGGGGAGAACGUGCAGGAGACCUUCACGUCUCUCCACGCACUCUUGGGGCUACAUGGCCUCUCGGGUGGCCCCAUUUUUGCUGGCCUGCAAGGCCUCGCGUUCUCCCUCGCAUGCGUGUUUGCAAGCCGGAGCACGCAGGGCCGUGUUUGUGAUGCCGAAUUAACAGAAUCUGUAUUUUUGUGAGGAUAUUUACUAUUUUAUUUAUGUAUGCCCCUGA